CCCGUUUACGGAAAGGCGGGGGCCCGUUGAUAAUAGCCCAAUACUUUGUUAACCCAAUAGGCCCCACACUAGCGGCCCACAAAAACUGUACAUUAAUACGAUAGUUGAAAAAAUGAAAAAAGAAGGCGGCGUGAAAGGGCGGGCCGCGCCGAUUCGAACUCGCCGCCUCCACCUCUCCCGCUGUUUUCAAUUUCUAUGUUCUUAACAAAACCCCACAAAAAAACCUCAACCUUCUCACCCUCAAUUAAAGUUUUUCUUUUUUUUUUUCUUUUGGCUUUUUGUAUUUUUUUUCUAGUUGCCCCGCGAUUUUCUUCGGAUUCUUCUGUUGCUUGUGCGUUUUGAGUUUUUCCGCGAGAUUAUUUUGGGUUUGGGUGGAAAUUGACUCUGAUGCUAUGUCGGCCUCCGGGGAGAAUCUGGACCUGAAUUUGAGCCUGAAUCUGGCCGUGUCCAGAAUGCAUCUGGAGAGUCAGUCUCGCUCGCCGGCGGCCCUCAGCCGUCGUGGGAUUUUUCCGCCGCCGUCUGUCCCGAGCAGCUCGUGCAAAUUCGAUCCCGGCUGUAGCAAUGGCGUGAGCGGCAGUCAGCCGCGCAAGCCGCUGCCGGAGCCGCAGUCGGCGGCCCAAAAUCACGCGCGAAAUGCAGUGAACAAUCUUUCUAUGGGAUUUCCAACUUGCAUGGGAAGUAGACGUGUCACUAAACCAAAGUCAGAACAAGUUGAUAACUUUAAUCUAGCUGCUUGUCGGUAUGACAGCUCUUUAGGUGAGCCUUCUUUCAAAUGCAUUGUUUUACAUCACACUCGUGUUGUGACUUGUGAAAUAAAACUGCAGGGUUAUGGAAAUCAUAAAGAGCUGAACGAUCAAGUCUCUCACUUGAAGGCUGAGAUUGAACAUUUAUCCGAAGAAGAUCGCAGGCUUGAUAAUUGCAUAAGGGAUAAACUGGAGAGCUUAAGGGAACUGAUGUUAAACCAUGAUUGUCAGAAAAAUCUUUUCUUGACCGAGGAAGAUAUAAUGAGCCUUCCACAACUCAAGAACCAAACUGUCAUUGCAAUCGAAGCUCCUCGUGCAAGCUUUAUUGAAGUGCCGGAUCCAGAUUCGGACAUUGGCUUUUGUCAGAAGCAGUAUAGACUUAUUGUAAGAAGCACCACUGGACCAAUCGGUGUAUAUCUUCUGAGCAAAAAUGAAAAGAAAAGCAAGGACAUAUCAAUCAAGCGAACAAAAUUAUUGGAUUCGAUGGAAUUGGCCGAAUGCAGUAAAGUUGAUGGUGGGGAUCAGUCUCCGAGUCAUGAUGCUUUAACAAACUCAGACUCAUAUGGACCCCAAAAAAUAGUCCCGAUGGAUAUUGGCGUGGACGAUGAUUAUUGGUUGAGAUCAGAUGACGAGGUGCGUACAUCAGAUUUGUGGACUUGAAAGAAAACGAGUCGAGAUUUCUAAUUUCUAACCUACAUAAGGGAAAAUACAAGAACAAAGUUACUACUAUUGGACUUUGUAUAUAUUUUCUUGAUAAUAUGUUUUUGCCUCCUCUGAGGAAAAUGGAUUUUGAUGAAAGCUGGGUAGAUAUAGAUAUAUGUUGUGAAAUCCUUGGUGGUUAAGUAGAAACAUAAGAGUUCUGAAUUAAACAAAUUAUGGAUUUCUUUUAAGUUGACAAUAAUAAGGAAGUCUACUGAUGGAGCUUUUUUCGAUAGGUUUCCUCAGAUCUGGGAACUCAAAAGUAUACUUUUAACUGUAAACUAAUUUAACUCUUUCUUAGUUAUUCUAAAGAUAUUUAAUUCUUUG